AAAAAUUAUUUGCUGGGAAUAUAAAAAAUAAUUUCAUGCAAAAGUGUGUUCCUAUUCAAUAUGAAUUUAAUUUAAAGAUUUAAGUACAAUCAUGUGCAACUUUUGAAAGAAGAUUAAGAAAUGAACUUGUGUUAUUAAAAUAUGAUGUUGAGAACAGUGGUAAGGUUAACGCCAACCUUUAUUCCUCUAUUCAGGAGUCAUAAUAAUGAGCACGAUUAUGAUAUGAUUAAAACAAAGCCAGGGCAGGCCCCUGAAAAUGGUUGGGAACGAGUAAAAAGGAUGUAUUCUCAGAAUGAAUUCGGCGAAGUAUCAGCAGAGUUAACUAAUGUUGUACAUUCAUCUCUGUGUGGGGCGUUUAUUGGGGCUUGUUUUGGAGGGUUUGUCAUAUCAAAAGAUUCUUAUGUAUACUUCUUAGAAAAUAAUCAGGCAACAAUAUUCAAAUCUACUGGGGAUGCAAAGAAAAAAUUACAAGAUUAUGUUAUGAUUGCAUUUGCCAAGGGUGCCUAUCAAUGGGGAUGGAGAUUAGGAAUGUUUACAGGAAUGUUUAGUUUAAUAGCUACAACAAUGUCAGUUUAUAGAGGUGAAACUGCCCUUGUGGAAUAUAUAACUGCUGGUGCAUUAACUGGAGCUCUUUAUAAAGCAAACUUAGGAUUAGCUGCAACAUUAGUGGGGGCUGGACUUGGAGCUGCCUUGAGUACAAUUGCCGGAUUAGCUAUCUUAGGUAUUUUAAAAGUAACAGGAGUUACAAUGGAUGAUAUCAGAAAAGCAAUGACUAAAAUUAAAGAAGCGAGACAAGACCAAUUAAACCAAGCAUUAGAAAAAGCUUCAGAAAUUAAAAACGACGAUCUCACCAGGCAUCACGAGUCUCUAGUGACGCAGAAAGGAGAAAUUAAAGUAGAAUUAAUAAAAUAGUAUGGAUAUUUCAUUAAUUUAAUGUAUUUUUAAAGUAGCAGAUAAAUAAUAUAAUCGUUAUGUUUUUCC